GGUUACGCGGAACAACGCAUUCUCGGUUAAUUAGAAUAUAGCUGUUUUUUAUGAGCGUGGAAGAGGAAGAGGGAGCCGAGCAAAUAGAUCGGCCGCGAAGGGGCCGGGGAAGGAUUGGCUCUGGGGGGACGCGUACAGGCUCGGGAUAUUCAUUACAGGGUUCCCCAACCGGACAUUCGUAUUUAACCGUGUCGCAUCGAUGCUACUUUUCUGCCUUAAUUCUUUCUUAUUGAUCUCGACGGCAGUGUCGUUAUUGCGAUGUCUUCCGAUGUCGACCCUAGCAAAGAGAUAACACGAGACGUUGCGCGCCGAUUUCGAUCAACUUUUAUCGUUAAAUACACAACAACAAACAUAAUUGAACCAACGAAAGAGUUUUGAAACUGAUAGAAUUCUUGAUAGACUUAUUAUUUAAUCUACAUUUGUUGUACGUUGAUAAAUAUUUAAUAAUUUUAUUGUAUCCUAUUUAAUUUGCCGGUAAUAGAAUUUUGCAUUCUCUCUAUAACGUAGCUCCGUUUUUCAGUUUUUAAAAAACUUUUUAUAUAUGUAAUUUGCGAUUAAAAUGCGUUUCUCCAAGUAUAACUUGAAACGAUCCGAAUCGUAAGAAUCUUGCAUUCGUGUAAUCCUUGAUUCGCUGGGUUUCAAAUUAUCCGGGUGUUCUUGAAUUUUCAAGGCUGAUCACCUUCCGCAAAUUUUUCCGCGCGACGAAACGCGAAACGCGUCCGGCUCCGAAAACAAAAGUCGGUCGAAUCAUUUUGCGGAAAAUUGCGCGAGAACCUUGAGAAUAUCGCAAACGAAAGGGUCCGUGAUGUUCCCUGCACGAGGCUAGAUAAAAGUUCGACCUCGCGUUUUUAAGCAUCGUUCGAGUGGAUCGGAGGUGCACGAAUUCUGACGCGUAUUAUUGUCGACAGAAAUACUGUUAUGUCUCCGCGGUAGUUCCGCGAGGUGUGGAGGAACACGCAAGCGGAAGCGGGAGAAUCUUUUUACAGACAGGCGAUAGAGAAUUGUCAAAAUGACGGAAGCAUCGAGGGAACCCGAGCUCGCGGAGUCCGAAAGUCCCGACAAAACUGCUUUGAACUUGACGGCCUCGUCUAGCAAAACGAAGCCGCUUCCAGAACGAGGCACAUGGAGCACCAAACUAGACUUCAUUUUGAGCGUGGUUGGCCUGGCGAUUGGUUUAGGAAACGUCUGGCGAUUUCCAUACCUCUGUUACAAAAAUGGCGGUGGCGCAUUCUUAAUCCCGUACUUCUUGACGUUGGUGCUCGCUGGGAUCCCGAUGUUCUUCAUGGAACUUGCCCUCGGUCAAAUGCUCACCGUGGGCGGCCUCGGUGUCUUCAAAAUAGCGCCGCUUUUUAAGGGUAUUGGAUACGCUGCAGCUGUCAUGUCCUGUUGGAUGAACGUCUACUAUAUCGUGAUCCUUGCCUGGGCUAUCUUCUACUUCUUCAUGUCUAUGCGUAGCGAAUUACCUUGGGGAAGCUGCAAUAACGCCUGGAACACGAAGAACUGCGUGAACCCCUACGACAGAAAUUCAUUGAUAUGUUGGCACAAAAUUACUAUGCAUCAAAGUAUUCUUAGUAGCGUUAAAAUGUGUACCGUCAAUAACGUCAACAUAACAGUCUCGGAACUCACCGACCCGGUUAAAGAAUUUUGGGAACGACGAGCGCUCCAGAUCAGCGAGGGCGUGGAGUACGUGGGAAACAUUCGCUGGGAAUUAGCUGGUACUCUUCUUCUGGUCUGGAUUCUCUGUUACUUCUGCAUUUGGAAGGGUGUAAAGUGGACUGGCAAGGUCGUUUAUUUUACCUCUCUUUUCCCUUACGUUCUGCUCACAAUUCUUUUGAUUCGUGGAAUCACUUUACCCGGUGCCAUGGAGGGCAUCCGAUUUUACAUCAGUCCGAAUCUUUCUAAACUGAAAGAGUCAGAGGUGUGGAUAGACGCGGUCACACAAAUUUUCUUCUCGUACGGAUUGGGUUUAGGCACGCUGGUCGCUCUCGGUAGUUACAACAAGUUCACGAACAAUGUCUACAAGGACGCUUUGAUCGUGUGCUCGGUGAACUCGUCGACGAGCAUGUUCGCUGGUUUUGUAAUAUUCUCUGUAGUUGGCUUCAUGGCCCACGAGCAACAGAAGCCUGUCGCCGAAGUUGCCGCGUCCGGUCCAGGAUUGGCUUUCUUGGCUUAUCCAUCGGCCGUUCUUCAACUUCCUGGAGCGCCUCUCUGGUCUUGCCUGUUUUUCUUCAUGCUUCUUCUUAUAGGUCUAGAUUCUCAGUUUUGCACCAUGGAAGGGUUUAUUACUGCGAUGGUGGACGAAUGGCCGCAGCUGCUUCGUCGACGCAAGGAGAUCUUCAUUGCGAUCGUUUGCGUGCUAUCGUACAUUAUCGGAUUAUCGUGCAUAUCCCAGAGCGGCAUGUACGUUUUCCAGAUUCUCGAUUCGUACGCCGUUUCUGGAUUCUGUCUUCUUUUCUUAAUUUUCUUCGAGUGCAUAUCAAUAAGCUGGGCAUUCGGUGUUAACCGAUUUUACGACGCUAUCAGAGACAUGAUAGGCUACUAUCCCCUCAUGUGGUGGAAACUUUGUUGGACGAUUACUACCCCGAUGAUUUGUGUUGGCGUCUUCAUUUUCAAUCUGGUACAAUGGACACCUGUAAAAUAUUUAGAUUAUGAAUAUCCAUGGUGGUCGCAUGUGCUUGGCUGGAUGACAGCCUUGUCGUCGAUGCUCUGUAUACCUGGUUACAUGUUUUAUGCCUGGAUGACAACGCCAGGGGACAUCUCAACGAAAUACAAGCUGUUAGUACGAAUAGAAGAUGACGUAGCGAGCCUACGAAUGAAAAUGGGCCAGCCAUCGCUCGAGCUAACACCGCUUUAACUGCCACGGAUUUAUUUCAAUUCCGAAAGGAAUUUAUCUUCCUGGUUCUUCCUACUUCCUGACUAUCAUUAAUUUAACUGACUAACUGUAACAACGUCAUUUUUAUGUUAUCACUUUCGUGUAACUUUUCGUAGAAAUAACGUUCUUUCGUCGAUUCGGAAAGAACUUUUAUCGUGUUCCUUUUAGCGAACAAAAUUUGAAUUAUUUAAACAACAGUGUUUCGUUCUUUUUGUUUUUGUUUUUUUUUUUUUUUUUUUAUUGUGAACGUAGUAAUUGUUAGACUUUUAUCCAAUGAAUAAGGAAGCUUUCGUUUAAAAUUACGAGACGACUAAAGUG